AUGUUGCAUUCUUAUCAAGAAGCUGGCCAUAGGCGCCAAAUCGAGUCUAUGUUGCAUUCUUAUCAAGAAGCUGGCCAUAGGCCCCAAAUCGAGUCUAUGAUGCAUUCUUAUCAAGAAGCUGGCCAUAGGCGCCAAAUCGAGUCUAUGUUGCAUUCUUAUCAAGAAGCUGGCCAUAGGCGCCAAAUCGAGUCUAUGUUGCAUUCUUAUCAAGAAGCUGGCCAUAGGCGCCAAAUCGAGUCUAUGUUGCAUUCUUAUCAAGAAGCUGGCCAUAGGCGCCAAAUCGAUUCUAUGUUGCAUUCUUAUCAAGAAGCUGGCCAUAGGCGCCAAAUCGAGUCUAUGUUGCAUUCUUAUCAAGAAGCUGGCCAUAGGCGCCAAAUCGAGUCUAUGUUGCAUUCUUAUCAAGAAGCUGGCCAUAGGCGCCAAAUCGAGUCUAUGUUGCAUUCUUAUAUAGGCGCCAAAUCGAUUCUAUGUUGCAUUCUUAUCAAGAAGCUGGCCAUAGGCGCCAAAAUCGAUUCUUAUAUGUUGCAUGUUCAUUUAUCAAGAAGCUGGCCAUAG